ACGGCACGCUUCGGUUUCGGCCACGGGAAAACGUUUGGGGAUGGAGGCGCUGGGCCUCCUGGGCCGCCUCGGCCACUUCUGCCGCGGCAGCACGGCCACUCCUUCCCCUCUCCAUCCUCCUCCUCGCAGGAACAGCAAGCGCGGCAGAGCCGUGCGCGCCGGAGCCAGAGCCGCCUCGUCGUCGGCGCCGCAGGCGAUGGAAGCCAAACGGGAGGAGGAGCCGAGGGUGAUGACGCUCCGGCCGGUGGAGGCCACGCAGGAGUCCUUCGCGCCCUUCGGGCAGGUCAUCGCCGCCUCCCCCGACGGCGACCAGUUCGGCCCCCACGACGCCCAGCUCGACCUCAGCCGCGGCAUCCCUAGGUUCUACAUCAUGAGAUUGGAGAGCAGGCCGCUCAAGUUCUCUUCCAUCACCCACCACGCCAGCGUCACGCAGUGCCUGGGCUCCAUCGGCGGCCAGGAUUGGUACCUCGGCGUGGCCAAGCCCUCCAUCGUGGACGGGCAGAGUGGCCAGGACCGUGGCAGGAGUCUCGUGCAGUCGCGCGCUGGGCAUUUCUAUCUGCCUCCCGAUCCGUCCGAGGUCUGCGUCUUCCGGGUCUCUGGUCCCAAGUUUCUCAAGCUGCACGCAGGGACCUGGCACGCCGGGCCGCUGUUCAAGGCAGACGCCGUGGAUUUCUAUAACCUGGAGCUCAGCAACACCAAUAUCGUGGAUCACACCACGCACUACUUCAAGAAGCACGACGGUGUAACCUUUGUGAUCGAUGACUGAGACGCUGCGUCCUAGGCACAAAAGCUCAGCGCAGCGUGUGCCUCGCGGACGCUGUUCGUGCCCUGUCUCUCGGUGUGAUUGAACAUCCAGUAUGUAUGUGUAUGCAAUAAUGCACCUACUGCAAGUCAUUUGUACGUACUUACGUACGCAUCGGCCGCUCCCUGGGCGUUUGUUUGUGUCGUUGUUUCUGCUGACACCCGGCGUUGGAGAUGCCCCUGACACUGACAUAAUGAAAAAGGCAACGGCUUAACGGAUUUUGCAAA